GCAACGAGUGUCGACAGCAAAAGGUGAGUCAAAGUCAGAGAAAAGUCAAAACACCAUUUUACUGAACAGAAUUUUCCAACAGCUCCGAUGCGACGUGGUGCAAGAGCCUUUCCAAAGUUGUUCUCGGUGCAAUCGCCUGAAACUAGAGUGCAAAAUCGAAUCAAACUUCAAAAGAGUAGGCAAAAGAUCUAAGCACGCCGAGAUGGAGAAGGAGAUCGACCGUCUGCGUCGCAGUCUUGCUCGCGCAAAGUCUCAAGGUUUCACACCAGAAGCCGCCGACGACGAUAUGGACUCUCCCAUCGCUGCGAGCAAUCCCACCUAUACUCACACUCACACCCGAAAUCCUUCUUUAAUGGGUUCUGACGAAGCUGUUUCGUCCCUGCUUCACCUCAAGCGCGGCGGGAACUACAACAUGCCACGGUAUUCACACGAGCUAGAAAAUGUCAAGCUAACGGAAGAAGAUGUCAACAACCUUUUCCGACAAUUCUGGGCUUUCUAUCAUCAAUUUCUGCCAUUCCUCAACCCUUCACAGGCACCUGAUCUCUUCUUCCAACAACAUCCCCUCCUCUUCUGGUCGAUUAUCUCUGUUGCGGCUCGACGAUAUAAUCCACCAAACGCAAACGAUUUGCUCAGCAAUCUUUCGGGGCCUCUGACACGAUUCCUGUGGUCAACGAUAGGAGAAGUCCCGAGCAACUACUACGUGGUCAAGGCCAUGUGUCUGCUGUGCACAUGGCCACUGCCCACAAGUACGACUUCGUCCGACCCUACGCACAUUUUGUGUGGAGUGAUGAUGAAAACGGCUACUGGAAUAGGUCUUCACCGGCCCAAUAAUAUCCAAGACUUUUCCAGGGUGUCAGUUGAGUUGAACAAGGAACAACUCAAUGACCGUGUGACAACAUGGGCUGUUUGUAACAUUGUUGCGCAGUCUGUUGGAACUGGCUAUGGCCAGCCAGCGUCAACUCUCUAUGACUGGACAUUGGCUUCACGGGCCGGAGAAGAGAGUGUUUUCCAACUAUCACGAGAGCUAGAGGCGCGGCUACAGAUUGAGAGAUUCUGUGACAAGGUAUCGAAGGAGAUGUAUAGUAACGCCAGCGAUCCCCGUGGCGUUGCAGGAGAUGAGCACCGAGCAAUGCUGAUGCGUGUCUACCGUCGGGAUUACGCAGAGCUGAAUGCUUCUAUCCUAUCACAAGGGCUGGGCCCCAUCGUCUCUUUGCAUCUCCGGGCAGCAGCUCUUCAUAUGCGCCUGGCCGGUUUCUUCGACUCCAGCAAGACGCCGGGUUACAUGGAUGACCUGAUGGGCCUAUGGCGUGCCACUACCGCUUUUCUCGAUGAAAUUCUCGAAGUUGAUCAAGCCACUAGUCCCCGGGACGGUGUUGGCGGACACUUACUUCUUCACUGCAGCAACUACAUCGGACAGAUGAUGGUCGCCGCUGGGUUUGCCCUUCUCAAGCUCAUGAGGUCGUUCUUUUCGAAGACUAUAGACUUCCAGCGAGGUCGAACGCUCUUUCAUCAAACGAUCCGGGCUAUCCGGGCUACCAGUGUUGUGAACAAUGAUCUUCAGUGGCGUUUGGCUGAACUCAUGGUGCAGAUGUGGAACGGCGCUCGACUCGAACACAAUCAACAUAACUUCAACAGUAACGACAACUCACCGAUCCAGAUGGACGACAGCCUCCAACUCAAGGUUCGAUGUCGCCACAGCAUGAGCCUUGUAUUCGAUUCAGUCUGGAGGUGGAGGGAGGACUUCCAGGCAUCGGGGCGAGGUACUAUAGACUCUGCCAAACAACCGACAAAUCCAGAUUCGGCUAAUGAGUCUUCAGCAUCAUCAACACACAUGGACAGCACCCUCGUACCGUCGCACACCCUGCCGCCUUCGAGUCUGCUCAACACCAACAACACUCACAAUAGCAACCCCAACUCGAACGGCGCCCUGACACCCGGAGCCACAGGACUCUCAGCUGUAUCGUCAGCUCAUAGUAUGAUGGCAGGUGUCAGCUACGGGGAUGCAGCCAACUACGAUUUCUUCGACCCCCAGCACUGGAUGUUGGACGGCCUACUUGACUUUAACUACUCAUAUGUGCCUCCCUUGGAAGGCGCCUAGGAACGUGAUCAACAGCAAUGGUACUAUGAGUGAGAGGUGCAUUAGACAUGCAUAGUUUUGAGCAAUUUUCUCUUUCUUAAACUGGCGUGAGUUUCGGCACUGUAACGGAGCAUCAUAAACCAGCGGCGAGAUCUUUUCUUCCUUUUCAACUGAAGCGAGCCCGCUCCUUUGCUGACACCAGAUCUGCGCACGGGUUCAUUUUCCUUUUCUUCUCUUGGGUUUUGUACUCUUUGCAUUGUGAUUAAUCUGAGACUGUUGAGCCAGGGAGGGUCUGUUCAACUAUUGCGUUUCCAUACCGGGAUGAGCUCAUUGAGGAAUAAAAUGGAAGUUGGAAGUGGUAAACGGUAGUCUACGUGUAAUUAUGCAGUAUGACGAGAUGUUCAGAGAGCAAUACAGACAAGCAAUAAUCAUCAUACUUGUUGUCCGCGUACUUCGAGGAGACCCGGAUAUUAUUGCCCAAGCCGCAUAAUGUGAAUAAG